CCGCACCGCCUCAGCCACCUCCGCCCUCAGAUCAGUCGCCAUGUGCCGCGUGAGCCAAGUGUGGGCAGCCUUCGUGGUGGUCGUCGUCCUCGUGGUCGCGACGGACCUGGGCGGCGUCGCAGAGGCCAAGCCCGACCCCAGCCAGCUCGCCAACAUGGCCGAGGCGCUCAAGUACCUCCAGGAGCUCGACAAGUACUAUUCACAGGUGUCCCGACCCAGCCCCCGCUCGGCGCCCGGUCCAGCUUCGCAGAUUCAAGCCUUGGAAAACACACUUAAGUUCCUGCAAUUGCAAGAACUUGGCAAACUGUAUUCCCUUAGGGCCCGACCGCGAUUCGGCAAACGAAGCGACUACGCCAUGCCUUCUGGAGAUGCUCUGAUGGAAGCUAGCGAGAGACUGUUGGAAACCCUCGCCCGCAGGAGGUGAAGCCUUCUCUCGCCGUCUGCCUUCCUUCUCUCUCUUCAUGACGUCACCGCUGCUGUGUCUGCUGCUCCUACGUCAUACAAACAUAAUCAAAUCUAAAAUGAUGCAAAAGAGAGAAAGAUCCUAAUAAAGAUGAUGCUAAUAAUAAUUUUAAAAAGACUAA